AUGUGGUUACCAAGAUACAGCUUAGACAGAAAAGAGAGAUUGAAUGUGAAUGGAUUUGUGGCGGUGGCCAUUGACAAAGACAAAGGCAGCCAAGGGGCUCUCAAAUGGGCAAUUGAUCAUUUGCUUCGUAGAGGCCAAACUGUUUUCCUCGUUCAUGUCAAACUCAGAUCCCCUUCUAAUUCUUCCCUAAAGAUGAAAUCUGACCCUGAAGCUGGCGUUAGAGAAUUAUUCCUUCCUUUUCGUUGCUUUUGUACUCGAAAAGAUAUUCAAUGCAAAGAUGUUGUGUUGGAAGAUACAGACAUAGCUAAGGCCUUAACUGAGUAUGCUGCAAAUACAGCCAUAGAGAACAUUGUUGUGGGAGCUUCAUCAAAAUCUGGCUUUUUAAGUAGAUUCAAGGCAACUGAUGUUCCUGGCAAUGUCUCAAAAGGAGCACCAGAUUUUUGCAAUGUGUUUGUCAUUUCUAAAGGCAAAAUUCAAUCGAUGCGUUCGGCAUCUCGUCCCGCUCCGGUCGUGAAUCCUCUACGGUCGCAAUUAGUGCAACAAAGCAGCACAAAAUCCAUCAGGUCCGACUACCAAUUUCCUCAGACUACAUCUGCAAGAGCCUCUUUGGAUAAACGUCCCUUUGUUCUGCCACGUGGAUCACAGGACGAGGCGGAUUUCAUGAGGUCACCCUUCACAAGGAAAGGAUACAACUACAAACCGUCGUAUGGAGAUUCGUCUUUUCAAGAAUCAGAUAUAUCGUACGUUAGCUCAGGAAGACCGAGCAUUGAUCGUAUAUUUCCUUCAGUUUAUGACAGCCUAGAUAUGGGAGGAAGAGCCACCCCACCACGGAUGUCGAGUAGUACAGAUCUUGACUUGACUCAGAGCUUCGAGUCUCUACCGAUGGGACGGUUAUCGAUGGAUAUGAACUUCCCGUCCGAGUUCUCUUCGAUCUCGCAAGAUAGUGAUAGAUUGUCAAUCUCAUCACAGUCUUUGGAAGAUGUGGAGGCUGAGAUGCGUAGGCUCAAGCUAGAACUCAAGCAAACCAUGGAAAUGUACAGCACAGCCUGCAAGGAAGCACUUACAGCAAAACAAAAGGCGGUCGAGUUGCAACGCUGGAAAUUAGAAGAAGAACAAAGAAUAGAAGAGGCGAGAUUGGCCGGGGAAGCUGCAUUGGCGCUGGCCAAACAGGAGAAGACGAAGUCGAAAGCAGCCAUCGAGGCAGCAGAGGCAGCUAGGAGGAUAGCAGAAUUGGAAGCACAGAAAAGAAUGAAGGCUGAAAUGAAAGCUCACAAAGAAGCUGAAGAAAAGAAAAGGGCUAUUGAUGCAUUGUCACAAAGCGAUAUCAGGUAUAGAAAGUAUACGAUCGAGGAGAUCGAAGAGGCAACGGAAUUCUUUGCUGAAUCUCGUAAGAUCGGAGAAGGUGGUUAUGGUCCGGUUUACAGGUGUGAUCUUGAUCAUACUCCUGUUGCCAUUAAGGUUUUACGUCCCGAUGCAACUCAAGGACGAUCGCAGUUUAAACAAGAGGUAGAAGUACUUAGCUGUAUACGCCAUCCAAACAUGGUGCUCCUCCUCGGAGCGUGCCCCGAGUACGGCUGCUUGGUCUAUGAGUUCAUGGCUAAUGGGAGCUUAGAAGAUCGACUUCUACAACGAGGAAACACGCCUCCACUUUCGUGGCAGCUCAGGUUUCAAAUUGCAGGUGAAAUUGGAACAGCAUUGUUGUUCCUACACCAAACAAAGCCAGAGCCACUCGUGCAUCGUGAUCUCAAACCAGCUAAUAUUUUGCUCGAUCGGAACUUUGUUAGUAAGAUCAGUGACGUUGGCUUAGCCAGGCUCGUACCUCCAUCGGUUGCGGAUAACGUAACACAGUACCGAAUGACAUCGACUGCUGGAACGUUUUGCUACAUUGAUCCCGAGUAUCAGCAGACAGGCAUGCUUGGCGUGAAAUCAGACAUAUACUCAUUAGGCAUCAUGUUUCUCCAGCUGAUAACUUCUCGGCCGCCAAUGGGAUUGACUCACCAUGUCGAACAAGCGAUCGAGAAUGACAUGUUUGCAAAUAUUCUCGAUCCAGCCAUUACCGAUUGGCCUAUCGAAGAAGCGUUGUCGUUUGCCAAGAUGUCGCUCAAGUGUGCCGAGUUAAGACGUAAAGAUAGGCCUGAUCUUGGAAAGGAAAUCCUUCCAGAGCUUAACAGGUUGAGAACUAUUGCAGAAGAUUAUAUACACCCAACACUGAUGGGAGACAUAAGCCCCACUCGCAGCAGCAGCCAAGUUUCUCUACAGUUGGUGAGUUUAUCAUUGCCUUUAUCUUUUACUUCCAUGAGCAAAACAUUUUCUUCUGAUUCAAGAAACUACUUUUAACCUUAUUUUCCUCUACGUUUGAAGUACUUUCUCAACAAAUACUAACCAAAAACGUACUACCAUUCGAGUAUAACGGCCAGACCCACCACU